CGCAACAGAGCGAGAGCUGUAGAAGAGGAGAGGAUAACAUCGCAUCUCAUCACAUCAGAAACAGCUUGAGGAAUCAGGACUGUCCAAGUAAUCUUGACAGACCAGUCUUGACCCAUCUGCUUCAUAUAAAGACAGCAGACAGUUGGGAAAGUCUUCUUCGCGUGUGAAAAAUGGAUAAGCACAACGUGCUGGAGCAGCUGUUGGAGAAUUUGCAGAGGUUCCUGAAGAUCCUGGAUGGAGAGAAGCUGAGUUUAAAUGCCACAGUACAGAAGGGCUUUCUGGCAGAGCUGCUUCAGUCGUACAAGUCUUCCAGUGCAGGAGGAGAUGAAGAAUACAUCUACAUGAACAAGGUCACUGUCACAUGUCAAAACCAAGACAAAACCGACAGAGACUACAGACCAGAAGCCAAUGGGGAAGCAUGUAAACACAUCCCUGUGAAGAACCCACCAGAGCCUCUUCCUCCCAGACCAUGCAACAUGGGAAGGGAGCCAUUUCCUCUUCCACCAAUUCCUGCUUCUGCGUCUAUAGAGCCUGAAAGUUACUAUGAAGACCCACAACCCUAUGAUCCUAUAAGCAUCAAUGAAGAUACAGAACCCUUGAGCAGUUCGUAUGAGUCCUAUGAUGAGGAAGAAGUGACGAAGGGGAAGUCCACAGCGCAACACCAGUGGCCGUCUCCUGAGGCAUCCAUCGAGCUAAUGAAAGAUGCACGAAUCUGUGCCUUCCUCUGGAGAAAGAAGUGGCUUGGCCAGUGGGCCAAACAGCUGUGUGUUAUUCGUGAACAUCGUCUCUUGUGCUACAAAAGCUCAAAGGAUCAGACUCCACUGCUGGACAUCAGUUUGCUGGGCUGCAGUGUUGUCUACAAAGAGAAACAAACUAAAAGGAAAGAACACAAGCUGAAAAUAACCCCACUGGGUGGAGAGGCCAUCGUCCUGGGACUGCAGAGUAAAGAGCAGGCUGAACAAUGGCUAAAGGUUAUUCAAGAAAUUUGUCCGAGAAACACUGCAGGAUCUUCUGAUGUAACUGACUCUCCAACACUCAUCUGUACUAAGGGAGAGCAGAGCGAGAGAUACUCAGUGGCAUCAGAGAGUGGAAGCAGCACAGACAGUCACACAGAGAACCUGGAGAGCAAAGAUGUCAAGAAGAAAUACGGCAAGUUUAGUAACCUUAUGAACAUUGGAAAAAAGAAGGUUUCCUCUUUGGAAAGUCCAGAGAAGAAUGUGGAUACGUCAGGCUAUCUUAAUAUCCUGGUGAACACCCAGUGGAGAAGCAGGUGGUGCUCAGUGAAGGACAGGCAACUUUGGAUCUACAAUGACAAAAGCAAGAAUAAAGUGGCCCAGCAGCCACUGUCUCUGGAGGGGUGCAUGGUCCUGCCAGAACCCAGCCCUGAGCACCUGUAUUCAUUCCGCAUCCAAAUCGAUGGAGAGGAGCUCGCAACCCUAGAAGCUAAAUCCUCCACUGAUAUGGGCCACUGGCUCGGGCUCAUACUGUCACAGACAGGCACCAAAACAGAUCCGGAAGAUCUCACGUAUGAUUAUGUGAACACUGAGAGAAUAUCCAGUAUUGUCAACGCUGCCAAGACGUCCAUGUAUCUAAUGCAGAGGAGGUAUUCGGAGCCCAACACAUACACAGACAGCCCUCCGUCAGACCCCCAUAUGUGUGAGGACAUAUACGAUGAUGUGCCAUCCACAGACAACGAACAGGAGGAGGUUCCAGAGGUUCAGAAUGGCAGCGAGGAGGGAACGGCAAGCGGCGAGGAGAAUGGGAAGGACAGAGUGUAUCUGGAUCUGGUCCCGGUUCGCUCCUUCCUGCACACGAGCUCGGACAGAAUGUCACUUCAGACGUCCAAAACAGCACAGACAGAGCUCAGUCCCUCAUCUGCAUCCCAGGAUGAUCAACUACACUCCAAAGAGCCUGAAACAAGAGAUACCUCAUUACCGAGCAGCACAGAGAACAUGGACCCUAAACCUGUUGCUCCUAGAGAGGACACAGACACCUCUCCAGCCCCUGUCCAAACUCAAAGAAUCAGUUUCCUUAGUCAUGAAAGCCAAAAGAGGGCCUCUCCCACCUCACAGCCAUCCCAACCCCAAACUCUACCCCAGACGUCUGCACAGACGCCCCAGACUCCGCCCACCUCCAGAGGAAGAGCUACCAGCACAGACAGAUUUCUUGAUAAACUCAGGUUCUCUCCAGCAGCAGGCCCGGGGGCAGGUGAGGUGAAAUUAGGGAAGAACAGGACGGAGGCUGAUGUGCGGCUGUACUCAGAUGAGAGAGACCGGCUGGAGCGAGAGAGAGAGGAGGUUAAAAACACUCUGGCCACCCUGAGGAAAGACAGACGAGAGGUGAAAGAGGAGCUGAGCUCCUGCCAAGACCCCACUCGGCAGGCCUCUCUGGAGGCUCGUCUGAAGCAGAUGGAGGAGACGUGUCGUGAGGCGGAGCACCGGCGAGUGGAGGUGGAGCUUAGCCUGAUGGAGGUGAAGGAGAGUUUGAGAAAAGUGGAAGCAGGACCCUUUUCACUGGGCACCACAGUAGAUAGCAGUCUACUGGAAACUUCAACGCCCAAGAUAGCACCUGUAUCCAGCCCUGCUCCAAAUACACCCAUCAGCAACACCAAUAAUGGAGAUUCACCCAUCAACUCCACCACAGCGCUAAAGAACCGACCCACGUCCACCAUGGCAUCCAGCAAAGGAAACGUUCUGCAGAAGGCCAAGGAAUGGGAGAAAAAAUCCACAACCUAGUGGAAGGGAAUAGAGAGCGCAAAUGGACUUUUUAGCCAAAGCUCAAAGGACUGCUAAGGCAAAUGCUUCAGGCAGAGAGGAAGAGAGAGAGAGAGAGAGAGAAAGGAGGGUGUGUCCAGUGACCUGCAGGCUCCGCCCCUCUGAAACAUCUGCCUCCACUAUUCCCUGCUUCUCUGCAUUCAGAGGUUGAGAUGGUACUCACGAAGCGAGCUGAUCCAAGACAAUAUUUUCUGUUCCCUGCCAAAUAACGCCAUUGGAUGACAAUAGAUUUUAAAUCUAUAUAAGUCAUUUUUAUGUAAGAGGAAGGAAGGGAAUAACUGAAAUAACUCUUCCAGUGGUGUACACAUUAUGGAUGUUUCACAAGCUUGAAAAGAGACCAAAAAGCUCAGAGAACCACUAUUUUUUUAA